UAUAUAUAUUUCAAUUUGGUGCCUAAUGGCGAGUGGCUAUAGGUUAAAGCAUACUAAGGAGAGGGUUAGGGUCCUGCCAAGCUAUAGGUUAAGGCAUACUAUGGAGAGGGUUAGGGUCCUGCCAGAAAACUUUGAUCUCACUAAGAUUGAGGUGGGGAGGAGGGUGCCUAUGUUGUGUUAUACACCUCAGCGAUGUCACGACUGCCACGCGAACGCCGCGGCUUUCAUAGUAGGCUAUGAAUAUAAAAAGACCAAUCCCGAAGUGAAAGAUUACCAUGUUUCUCGUCAACAGUUUAUUGAUCAUGUGUGGCGACACACUUCGGUGGAUUGGUACAGAGAAACUGAAGAUGAAAAAUAUGAAGAAUGCGCUGAAGAUGAUGAUAAGGCGCACCAUUACUUAGCUACAGGCUUACAGGCACUAGAGUAUGCCGCUCGAUGUAGCGGCGGAAUUGCGAUGGAAUCAAACUAUCGAUAUGUUGGUAAAGUACAACCCUUCAAAAAGAUUCCUAAAGCCGGUCCCAAAGUUACGGGGAUUACGGUUAGCCAGGUUUUUGGCCAUUCACAUGCCAAACAGGAAAUUUUCAACGGGCACCCUAUAAUUGCUUAUGUUCGACAAUGUUCAAACUUCUCAGAGUUCCGUGGCAAGGGGGUGUUCAAGAAGCAUGCUCCUGUUGAUGAAAAUUCUACUAGUGAGGGACAUAUUGUCGCUCUAGUUGGCUUUGGGAUUGAUGAAGAUCUUAAUGAAUAUUACAUAGUGAGAAACUCCGUUGGACGCACCUGGGGCGAUAAUGGUUACGCGAAAGUACUAUGCAGUUUGAUCGAGCCGCACGGAUUUGUCGAUGUUGCUCGGGUUUAGUUUGAUGAUUUAGAUUGUUUAAAGUCUUAUUAACUAUGGGUUUUAUUUAGACUUUGUUUAAUGUGUUUAUUAUGACUUUCUCUUAGAGGAGCCACAUACAACAUGCAUGGGUUUCUUUUGUUCAAUGUAGACUGUGUUGACUUCGUUGGAUUACAGCAGUUCUUUAAUGCUAUUAAAUCCCAUAAAAAACCAUUAGUUCUGCAAUCUCUGUUUGCAAUUAUUUUUAGGUGUAAUGAUAUUUCCGUUGUUUCAAGAAAUGGGGUUCAAUGGGAAUCAAUUUUGGAUAACAUAGGUACGGAGAGAAGAGAAAUAUUUUUAGGUGAAGGGAUACAUAUCAACAAGCUAUUGAGUGUAUCUGCAGCGAGUUUUUCAAAUAAAAGUCGAAGGAAGCCAAUGAUCUGUGUAAUUGAAGCUCUAAUUUAGUGAAAAUGAUGAUCCGAUUAUGAAUGGAAGAUGAGACUUUUGCAGGUAAUUAAAUCCGUUCUUUUUUCAGAAAGAUGAAUUAUAUAAUCAGCUAUAUGUGUGGGGAUAUAUAGUGGAGAGAUGAGAUGAUGUUGAAAUAUAUUGUAUAUCGAUAACCAUUGAUUCGAAAAUAAGGGCAUUUUGUUAGAUGUUUAAUCUUUUGUACAUUGUUGGAAGAAUUAGGAAAGACGAAAAGGCUUACGAAUAUUCACAGAUUUGAAUGUUGAACUGCAUUUUUGCUCAAGAAAAUAAACUACAAAAAGAGAUCCCAUCUUCACCGAAUUUAGUAAGUAGCAGAACCAGAACCAGGUACAGAGCUCUCUACAUCCUCUGUUUAGCUAUUUUCUUUAGGAAUAAUAAGUCCAUAACCUCCACAUUUCUCGCGUAAACAAUGUUAAUCUCACCUGUAGAAUGAUAAGAAACAACCAUAAGAAAAUCGAAAGACGAAAAACGGAAACAAACCAUAUUGAAAAAUUUACCA